AAACUUGACGUCAUCACAAGGACGUACACACGGCAGCAAGUCAAGAAGGCACGCAGUUUUGUGGGGGAUUCCUUACAAUUUUACUGCCUUAUAGACUGAAAGCUGUUUGUUUUGGACAAGUUACAGGUACAAUAAUUAUACCUGGAGACAAUGAGUGAGUCUGUUGUGAACGAAAACGUCCCUGUCAUUCAUGAAGUACCGGCUGACGACGGUAGUCCACCUGAACAGACGGUAGAAGAGGUAAACAACGUGGCCGCCUCUCCGUCCCUUGUGGCCCCGUUUCUUCGUGUAGAGCAAAUCAAAGAUGAAGACGGCACGAGCUCAGUGUACACGAGCGAAGAGGAGGGUGACGGUGACAGGGAUAAGUCUCCCGAACCGGAGUUUCAUCCUCCUACCGACGAAUUGCGUGACAAGAUAAUCAAACAGGUUGAAUUCUAUUUCUCUGAUGUCAACAUAUUGAAGGACGCGUUUUUGUUAAAACACGUUCGGAGAAAUAGGCAGGGGUAUGUAAGCAUAAAACUUAUUACUUCUUUUAAGAAAGUGAAGUCUUUAACAAAAGAUUACAGAGCUGUAGCCUACAGUUUGAGAAAUUCUGAUCAUCUUGAAGUGAAUGAAGAAGGCAAGAAGGUGAGACGGACAGAUCCACUGCCUGAAUAUGACGAAACAACACCAUCACGUUCUGUUGUUGCGGUUAAUCUCCCUAUGGAGACACCGUCAAUUGAAAAUGUAGCUGAACUUUUUUCAAAGUGUGGUGAGGUUUCAUUGAUUCGUAUCCUGCGUCCUGGCAAGAGUAUACCACAGGAUGUAAAAAAAUAUGCUGCUAAACACACUGAAAUUGGUACCACUAUCUGUUGUGUUGUAGAAUUCGAAAAGCAUGAGUCUGCUAAACUUGCCUGUGAUACAAUGACAGAUACUGAGGAUUGGAGAAAAGGUAUGCGAGUCAUGCUUCUUGCUCCUCAAAAAAGGAAAGAAAAAAAGAAGGAUAAGGAUGGAAAUGAAGAAAACGAUGGUGAUGACGGAGAGGAAAAUCAUGAAAAGAAAAAGAAAAGGAGGGAAAGAAGGAAGAAAAACAGAGUUGAUGAACUUGCACGUGAGAAUGACUCGUCUUAUGCCAGUAGUGGGUCUGAGGCUGAUACUCCUACUCCUUCAAAGCAUUCUAUCGCUCACCAUCAAAAAUCGCUCAGUCCAAAUCAUUUGGACCCCAAUAAACUAAGCCCAUCAAACUCACCCCGUUCUAGUCCAAGAUCUAGUCCAUUGACCAGCCCUCGGUCCCGCCGCAGAAAUCAGCAUACUAAAUCCCCACUGACACACGGAAGUCCUGGCAACAGUCCAAGGAAUAGUCCAAGAAGCAGUCCAGAAAUGAGUAGAAAGACUUAUGAUUACUCCUCUGGGGGAGAUAGUACCCCUUCUAGUCCUUGGGUACAACGGAGGCUCAAGGCUGCUCAGGAAAUCAGUCCACUAGCCAAUCAAACAACUCCUGGACGCAGUCCAAAUGGGAGACACCACAUGCUGGAUAUGGAAGGUGUGAUGCGACAACCCAAAGGUCCUGAUGGGACCCUUGGAUUUCAUCUUGGGCGUGGAAAACCAAGGAGCAGUACAUUUUCUUAAAUAUUGUGAAAAUAGAUUUAAUUUGUAUUUAAUCUAAACUUAGGUACCUGUAAGGGAAGUAAAAACAGAAAUCAAUUUAUCUCUUGCUUUUACUGUUGGAACUCUAUAUACAUGUAUAUAUAUAUUUGGCAAUCUAUAAUUAUAUACCCUGGUAUAUCAUUUUAUCUUUAGUGUAUCUGGUCUAAUAUAGCUGCCAAAUUUUACACAUAUAUUACCUCUUGGUUUAAGUAAAUGUAGCAUUUACCGAAUUACUAAUUACUACAUUUUGGUCUGAUACCCAACUCGAUACAGAGUUAGCAUUUGUCACUUUAUCUGGACAUCAUUUUGUAUCGUGUAUAUAUAGCUGGUAAUUGGAAUAGUCCAAUUUCAAGGAUAGACCUAGGUCUUUAUGUGUAAUGAUACUAAGAAUUUACCCUAUUUGGUCAAAUAAACACAUUGUUAACAGAAAUAAACCCCAAAAGGCUUUGAGUAAUUCCAACAAUAAGACUUAAAUACACUGAUCACGGAAAAUUUUCUUGUUCAAUUAAUGAGAGUGAUGGUUAUUAAUAUGAUGGAGAUUUGUAGUACAAUGUAUCUUGUCAUGUUCAUUUCAUACAGAAAGAUUUUAUUGGCUGAUUAGAGAGUUAAAGCAUUUUAUCUUUACGUUUAAAUAUUUUCAUCUUUUUUUUACCAGAAGAAAAGGUAUUGUGCCCUUGCAGGGCACAGAGCACUGAUCAUGAUUUGGUAAAAUAUUGUAUUGAUUCUGAAAUUGUUCCACUAUACAGAGUUGUGGCCCUUUGUUGAUAUAUGUUAUACCAAAGUGUGGCUAGAUGUCAACGGUUAUGGACUGCUUACAAUAGAAAUAAUCUGCCUUGUUGAAUUAAUAUGCAUUAAUGGUUUAUCUUUUUUGUCCUUUAUAUGUUACAAUUACCAAAUCAUAAUUGUUUAGUAGACCUUAUUUUAAAAACAAAGUGGAAUAUAUUAAUACAAUGUAUUUUCAUAAAUAUUAGAGAAAUAUUAUUUGUGACUUUUUUCAUAUGGGAAAAUAACACACUUAGUAUGUGGCCAUAGAGAAGAUACAGACAGUCUAUAUCAGUUUCAACAAUGACUGUAUAUAUGUAUGCAGAUAUUAUAUUAUCUACAUCAUACAUAGUUAGGUUUUACAUUUUUUAGAUGCUACCGACUGAAUUUGAAAUUUUAUUUGGUCAAAUAAGUCAAGUUAGAUUAAUUAUGUUUAAUGUAGCUAUUUCUGUCAUUGUUGUCAAUUACCAUUGAAUUAUAUUCAUUUGAUUCAUUACCUUUAAUAAGCUAUUUUUGGACUUGGCUUUUCACAUGAAAAAAAAAAUGUAUUGUUAAUCUAAAUUUAUAUUUAUGUAGAUAAGGCACCUACUUGGUCAAUCGUCAUGCUUCAUGAAGAUUUGUAGCAAAUUUAGAUAGAGAUUGAUUGUUUCAUAUAUAUCUAUCUAUAUACCACUGAAUUGAUUUGUCUCCAUGAAGAUUCACAACAUUUUCAGUCAUAGUAAGUGUUUACAGCUCGGUAGUGAAUGACAAAAUCUUGACCAACAAUAAUACAUGCUUUCAAAAUUUGUUAACAAAAACAUGGUAAUCAUGUACCAAGCAAAAAACUCUGAAAAAAUUUUAUAUGCCAUAGCUAUAGGCAUAGAUCAGAUCACCUGUAUUUUGACAUGAUUCUGAUUCUAGAGCUCAAGUCUUGUGACCGAUAUAAUAGAUUUCUCUGUAAAUUUGUAAUGUUCUUUAUAUUUUGAAAAAUGUUAACUGGUACCUUAUAAUAAUGUUUAUCCUGCAAUAAGCCCUGGGGUCAGUCUUUUGAAAUAUUUGACUAAACACUUUCUAGUGGAUUCCAGAGGCAAGCAAUGAGAAAAUCUUUCAACAAUAUACAACUGCAGUAUAUAGUUCAUCAAUCAAUAAGCCUUACUUCAAACUGUGAACUAGUCAAGGAAGAUUAAAAAGAAACCCUCUUUAUAACAUCAGCUAUUUCGUACAUUUGUGAUUUUUAAAAAUGAUUUAUAUGUAGAUGACAGAUGCACAGAGCUUUUAGAUAGGUGGUUUGUAUUGCAUCAGCCGACACCAUCCAACUUGAACAAGAAUUUUGAUUUGAGACAAAAUUCUGUUCUUUUUAUUUAUAGGAUUUUUUUCUCCGCAGUUACAGGUCUGUACUACAGGAUAUUGUAUCUAGGUUGAUCAAUGUAGAAUAUAUAUAUGACCAUUUCUAAAUAUUAUCGGUGUAUUUCACUUUGUUUUCUAUUUAUAGCUAGGCCAAUUCCAGCAGGAUACAUGUACACUGUACAGUACUUGGGUAUCAGUUGAUUUAUAUUAUACAUUUUGUGAUGCCCGUUACUAUCAGUUAAGUAUUAUCACCCGAAAAGCAAGAUCUGUACUUGGAUAUAUUAUAUGGCAUUGAUGCCAUUUGCUUUUUCCCGUUUUUGUUUAUAGACAUGUUGUUGAGUAUCAUAUAUUGAUAUCAUAGUGAUUGACACAUUUAUUGGCAUCCUAACAGUUUUGAAAAUAUUGUUUUAGAAGUAUUGCUCUCCUUCACAUUGACAUUUAAUAUAAUCAUUAACUAAUUUAAUCAAGUAGAGAAAUAAAAAGUAUUGAUAUGUUUAUGAAAUUUAAACACAAUACAAUGGUGUUUUCACCUCCUGUAUAUAUAGCUAUAGGAUUCAUACAGAUUAUAGCCUCAGACUUGGAGUUUACACAAAUUAAAAAGUUAAGUAGAAAAUCAGAAUUGUAUAACAUUCCAUUCAGAAAUUUAAAGUAAAUCUUUUCUAGUUUGUUGUAUGUCAAUUUAUACAGAUUUUGCCAGUGUAAAAAAUAAUGAUUCACAACCCUAUAACAAAACAAUUAAGCUGUGUGCUAAGAUAUAAAUUUAAUACAUGAAUAGUAUUUUGUUGGAAUAUAAGAUUAUUUUGACACUCCAUUACAUACAAAGUGUAUAAAUACUACCUCUCAUGCCAAUGAUUACAAGAUACAAAGUAUGUGUGAUUACUGAUAGAUAUCACAUGAAGAUUAACCACAUUGCUGUUUUGCAUGUUACUUGCUCCCUCGACAUCAUACAAAAUAACUGAAAAUAUCUAUAUCUGGACAAUAAGUCUUUCAUGUAUAUUCCGAUCAUAUGUUUCUGAUUUUUUUUUACUGAGUAAACUCUCACUUAUCUCCCUUUAUAGUUUAACUCUGUUUUACUGUCCACCAGCUCUCUAUACCAAUCACUUCUAAAGAUAAUUUUUCCAAAGUGUCAUUAUUUCUCCAAAGAUAUGGUAAUUUCUCCAAAGUAUGGUAAUUUCUCCAAAGGUUUAAAUUAUAUGUUAUCCAAACUAACUGUAUAUUUAGACACACUAUGGGGAUGUUAUCCAAACUAACUGUAUAUUUAGACACACUAUGGGGAUGUUAUCCAAACUAACUGUAUAUUUAGACACACUAUGGGGAUGCACAUAUUGUGCAGUCCAUUACCCCAUCAUUGCUUAUUUCUUGGAGUUCCGGCCCUUUUCAGCAUUGACUGGGCCAUUCUCAGUUUACUGUCUUAGGAACACUACUUUGGUAUUUGUUACAUGACGUGUAUGUAUGUUAUGAAUCAGGUUCCACACACAAUAUGAAGAUGAACAUAUCGGUAUACAAUGUGCAUGUAGCUAUUAACAUAAUUUUAUUUUCUUUGUUUACGCUUUUAAGUCACCAAAUACCAUAUGUACAUUCACAUUUGGAACAUUCAGCAUUCAUUCCUUUUCUCCUGCCUCAAGAUUGAAAAUCUCUUUGUAGCUAUUUGUAUUCAUUCUUUCUUAAAAGUUCUCCAUUACAAGAAAUAUUACACAUUUGCUCUGAAGUUUUUGAUUCUGUUAUACAGGCUGCAUGUUUCUGCUAUCUCUAAAGUUUUGGAUUCUUAGUGUCAUACAGACUGAAUGUUCCUGCUAUCUCUGACGGUUGGAUUUUAUAAUACAGGCAGCAUGCAUGUUCCUGCUAAGGCCUUGGUAGUUUCUUUCAAAGAGGAUAUUUAUGGAAACUCAUUUUGGUCCAGCAUAUCGGUGUUUAUUCUUCUAAGAACAUGUUUACACUGUAUCAUAUCAGCAUAUACUACAUAGUAUCCAAUUCAUGUACAUCUAAAUUACAUCAACUGAUCCUUUACUAGCCAGGCUAACACAAAUCAUACCUUAUUUGGCCUAAUAUAAUUAAGUGUAUUUGGUUUUGGUUUGGUUUUUUUUUCUCGAAUUCAUUUGCAUAUGUCAUUAAUUCUGUAACUCUUUUGAUGUAGUAACAUUUUUUCUUUUGUUGAAGCAAGUACAUCAUAAUGUACAUCAUAAUGGAAUAAAAAGGAAACUUAAUGGUUUGUCAUUGAAUUAUCAAUAAAUAUCUUUAACUUCUUUAUAUAUCUCAGAAUGAAUAUGUUGGUACUUUUCACAGUUGCCGAGAUAUUGAUAUUAUGACAUACUUUUGAAUUGGUAUUUAUUUUUAAUAUUUGACGAGAAACCGUUAAAUAUUUUCUAUAAUGGUUGUACAAUUUUGUUAAAUGUUUUACGUACUUUAAAGUUUGUUAUCGAAAAUGCAGUUAUCAGUGAUAACUUAUUGUUUCUUGUGCCUGUUCAAUGCAGUGAAUGAUUGGUUGUAACUUACAAUCUUUCUUUUUGUUCCCUACUUAAGGAAAAAUUUUGAAUGUUCCAAACAUAAUAAUAUAUAAACCUUUUGACAUGCAGUAGUGUAGAAUUAGUGAAUCAGUUUUAGUAUUAGAAGUCAUGUUAAUAUAUACUUGUGUCAGUCGUGGAUUUCUUCAAUUUGGACUAUUAUACCCUAGUAGAUAAAGUAGGGUUGAUGCUGUUCAUAUUAACUAACAACUUAAUUUAUAUCUUCUUUGAAAGUGAAAGCAUAAUAUUGAUAGUAUUGAUGCAGGAUAUUAAAGACCAAAGUUUCCCAUAUUUGCAAUAUUUUUUUUUUACUUCAGCAUUUAGAUUUUAUACUAUUUUUCUCAAUACAUGUAGAUAUACUAGAAAAUCAACAAAUGUCUGGCUUUUCAUGCAAAAAGUUUAAAAGAAUUGAUACAGAAAUCAUUUGUCAAUAGUUUACAAUUUUACCAUUUCAGUCUGUUAUUGUUUUUAUUUGUUUAUAGAUAAAUUUUAGAGAAAAUCACUGUUAUUGUAUGGCUUGUUUUUGUAAGAUAUAUAUUUUAUAAACAUUUUAUAUGCAUAUUUAUAAACAAAUGGUUAUGAUGAUGUAUUUGUUUGGAAAAACAACAUUUUAUCAUAUAUUUAGGAGAAAAGGAUUGCUAAGAGAAGAAAAAAUUAAAGGGCCAAAAUCUGUCACCUAAAAAAUACAUAUAGUGUGAUGGCACUAUUAGAGGAUCAGAUAAGACCAUAGGGACAAUUCUUAACCCACACUCCAUACAUACUUGGUAUGUACAUGUAAGUGUAUAUAAAGAUUAAUGUAUGGACUGUGGAUUGGGAAUUGUGGAAAGUCCCUGUGAAUAAGUCGAUUCUGUAGUAUAGUGAAUUUCUGGGUGUAUUUAAAUGGCACAGUUUUAAUAAGAUGUGUUGACUGUGUCAAUAUAUUUGUGUACAUAUAUGUAUAUUUUGUAUAUUUGAUGGAUGGACUGAGCUGUCUGCUAUUACACUAGGUUCUUAUAUUUUAAAACUAUUUUCUGAUGGCGUUUCAUAGUUCUUUAGUGCAAGUUCUGGCUCAGUUAUUAUAGAUCUCUAUAUACUGGUUCAUUGUGUUUGAUAAAUUUUAGAUAGGGGCUGCGGUGGCUGUGUGGUUAAGGUGUCACGACACUUUAUCACUAGCCCUCCACCUCUGGGUUGCGAGUUCGAAACCUACGUGGGGCAGUUGCCAGGUACUGACCAUAGGCCGGUGGUUUUUCUCUGGGUACUCCGGCUCUCCUCCACCUUCAAAACCUGGCACGUCCUUAAAUGACCCUGGCUGUUAAUAGGACGUUAAAAACAAACCAAACCAAAUGUUAAAUUUUAGCAAACCUGGUAUUAUGUAUCAUUCAAUAAACCCAGGGAGUAACACAUUACAUCUAAAGCAUUAUUUAGUUGAUGCAUUGGCUUAUUAUUGACCAAUGAAAAAGCAGUUGGUUCAGUAUUCUGUUUAUUUAAAAUUAGUAUAUUUAUCUGCGAGCUUAUUACCCAUUAGGCAUGGGUUUAUUGUCGGAUGAAAAUUGCAUUUAUUGUAAAAACCAAAAGUACUGUUUACUGUGAGUUUUGACAUGGAACAAAAAAUGUCUUAGAAACAUUUUGAUUAUGGAUAGUAUAAGCCUACAGAGCUAUAGAUUAAAACUUGCAGUUGCUGAAUUGAGCAGAAUAUCAUAUUUUUUUAUAUGCCUGUCAGACAUUGACGGAAUUGACGAUUGUAUGAUAUUUAUGGUAUCAAUAUGUCAUCAGGCUUGUAGUGAUCAUCAUUCGGUGGCCGAGUGGUUAAGGUGUCCCGACACUUUACCACUAGCCCUCCACCUCUGGGUUGCGAGUUCGAAACCUACGUGGGGCAGUUGCCAGGUACUGACUGUAAGCCGGUGGUUUUUCUCCGGGUACUCCGGCUUUCCUCCACCUCCAAAACCUGGCACGUCCUUAAAUGACCCUGGCUUUUAAUAGGACGUUAAACAAAAACAAACCAAACCAAAGUGAUCAUCAUUCAUCAAGCUUGAAUGUUUCAUCACAAGUUUUUAAAGGCAAGGUUGGAUAGGAAUCCUUAUUCAAGUCCUCUGUUCAUUUGUGGUUUGAUUUUCGUUGACCUUCAUGCAGAGAUGAAGUAUACAACCAAUGUGAUUUGAACAAUCUUGUGCUAAGUACAUGUAUUUGGUAUCACGGGUCAAAGUUGCAUAUACUUUGACAUUUCUAGUUAUAUUUUCAUUAAUUUUAAAUGGCAGUGGGCUUGCUUCUUUGUCUUAGACAUUCCCUUGUUAUUUCUGCAGAUUUGAAAAUGUGUUUAAAAAAAUCAAGUAGACAAAUAAAUUUCUAUUGAUGGAAGUUGUAAUUUGAUGUACAUAUAAUAAACAUUGAUUUGAUAUGAUCCUAUUGGUUGUUGUGAAGACAUGCAAAACUGCCAUAUACCUAGCUAUAUACAUGUAUAUAUAUAGGCCUACAGGCGACAACCUAAUGGUACAGCCAGUUCAGGUAAACAUUCUGAUUCAGUGAUUGACUCAGAUUUGCCAACUAUUUGCUCACACCCUUCAUACUUAUAAAGUUCCAUAUUUAUAAACCUAUUUGGUCUGUACAUAAUCAGUAGAGAAUCAAAAGUUUAGCAAAAAAUCACCAGAAAUUUUACAGGAUAGUCCUGUUGUUACAUUUUCUGGUGGAUUACUGUAUUUUGAUAUUCACCUAUUUUUAAAACAUUUGUUUUCAUCAAUGUAUGAAAUGGCAUUAACUCAUAUUACCUGGUUGGUAUGCAUUUAGUUAAUGAUGUCAUUGGUUUUGUAUGGUUUUUAUAUUACAUCCCAUUGAUAAUUUGUCAUUUAGAGUCACAUUGUCAGUGAUAAAGACUUAAGCUCAUACAGCAUGGAAUGUUUGUGAGCAGAUGUGAUGACCUAGUGUCUGUUGUCAUAUUUUUUUUUAAGUUUUGUAAAAAGAAAAAAAUCUGAGGUACAUGUAGUUACACUGUACUUAUUAUAGGUAUUGGUAUUUUUAUUUUUGGAGACCUUCAGUUGUAUCUAGAGAGACAAUAUAUAUGAUAUACAUUUGGCCUGUAGUUGGCUGGUGUGAAGAUCUUAAGGUACAUAUAUGACCUUGACCCAUUUUGGAGGUCAUACCGAGCAAUAUAGAAGAAUAUUUUCCAGCCAAGAAAAUCGAAAUGUCAACACAGUACUAAUAUUUGGUAGAUGAACUUGAUGGUAAAAACUUUGUUUAAAUUAUUUAUCAUUUGAAAUAAGACAGAGCUCCAGGCGAGAUAUAUUUCUGUUGUUUAAUAAUUGACGGUAGAAGUUGGUAUUUUAUGAAGCAUUGCAACAAUUAAUAUCAGACAUAAGUGCUUAGCUAUUAAAUGGCUGUUAUUUAAUAUAUAUAAUUUUUCAUUGAUAUACUAGAUGUACAUGUAUGUUGAUAUCACUAGCCGUAUGGGUAUUUUGUGUUCAUGUACAAUAAUUGUACCUAUAAUGAAAUUCAAUUUACAUGCCUCAGAUGAUUAAGUAAAACAUGUACAAGAGAUAUUUGACUGAAGAAAGUCUGUUUUACACUUAAGGAUGUAUACUACCUUUCUACAAAGUCAUCUCCCCUCCAGAAGAGUUCUGCCCUGAAAAGAAUAUGUAAAGGACCUUGUUAAUUCUAAUACUGUUCAAGUGUUUGAUUUAUUUAGUACAUAUUUGAUAGUGCCAUACAAGAAUGUACUUUGUGUAAUUCAGAAUUACAACUGAGAAGGCAGGAAUGAAAGGGAGAUUGUUUAUUGGAUAACUGGUAUAUAUGUAGUAUUACAACUUUAUCUAUAAUGUUCGUUUAAAUACACACACAUUUAAUUAUAUUUUGCAGUAAAUAUCUUGCAGUAAUGUUACAUUGUGAAUAUUUUGAUAAAUAUUUCAUUAAUGAUAAGUAUUCUGAUAAAUAUUUCAUUGAUUGUAAGCAUUUUGGUAAAUAUUUCAUGAAUUCAACAUGAAUGGUAACAGGAUUACUAUGUAAGUACAUGUUCUUUGUAAUUUGUCUGCUUACAAACACUGUUAUUAUAGUAAAAUUAAAUAAAAACUACACAAAACUGUACAGUAGUAUGCUAA